AUGGUCAAGAAUGUAAGGGGCGCUUUGUUGCGAGCGGACGACGAGGGGGAGGUGGUGGACGGAUGGAUGGAUGGAUGGAUGGAUGGAGAACUGGAUGGAGACGUGGAAGACCACAUACACUCGAGGUGCAAGCGACGGGCAUUGCGAUCUGGUCUUUUGUUGGGUUCUCCCAAUCCUCGCAGCUACAAUCCAGUGACACGCGUGCGAAUGACGGCAGCAACUGCAGCAGAGCACCAUGACCGCAAAAGAGGACUCGAGACAGGCGGAUGCUGGCUAGGACUGUCGGUGCGCUGCUGUCCUGCAGUGCUGCUGCAAUAA